AUGCGCCCUUCUCGAAGCAGUGUUCCAUCUGCUCGAAAGAGCGCACCGAUUAUACAAGGCAACCUUCCUCGCCGUUGGCCUCCGCGACCUUGUGCUGAAGAGGAGCCAGCUUCUCUCGCCAAAGAACUCCAUGGUCUUUCGAAAAUUGGCGAAAGACCCGGUGUUGAGGGUAUCCGCGAAAGAGGUGCUGUUGACCAGUACCCUAUCAUCGUUGGAUUGAACACCGCUCCCGUAUCGACAUCGAUCCCGCCCAGCAUCCCCAAUGUGCCUGGACUAGGCAACGUUUCUUCAGAUGAGAGCUCUGGACCUGCGACGCCCCCGCCCCGAGCUCCUUCGGCUCAAGGACCUCCAUCUCGCACAGCCCCGGUGCCUCGCCCUCAGUCCCCUGUCGACCACAAGCGGAAGUCCAUCAGCAACCUGCUCGCGACGCAAGUAUGUAUUUGCCACGUCGAUCUCGCUCCCGUUCUCUCUCGCGAGCUCCAAUUCCUCCCCAGGAGGAUGCGCCAGUAUUUAUCGCUCCCCACAAAUCGCGAGGCGAGAGACCCGAGCGACCUCGAUCUCCGUCUCGGGGCCCAGUCUACGAAAGGACUUCGUCGCGCUCCUCAAAAUCCUCAAUUGGCCGGUCCAACAGUGCACGAUAUAGAAGUUCAGCUCCUCGAUUUGGACCCAGUCAACGCCAACGAGAAAAUUCGGGAUAUCUUUCUGACUCGGCCACUAUACGGAGUCGAAACUCAUCCUCAUCUGGCUCUACAACACAAACAAAACCAACUAUUGGUCAGUUCACCGGCCUUUCGGUUGCAGAGAGACUUGAAGAGAAACUUCAGCUUCGACGAGAAAUGCGAGAGCGGCAGCAAGAUCAUGGCGAAGCGGCAUCGUUUUCGGAUACAGAAAUUCGCCCUAGGUCACACGCUCACGAACAACCUCUGUGAGUGCAGUCGGGCCGCCGCCCUCUCGAUCAGCUUCCACAGCGCGCAAGACAUCGAGGUCGGGCUCUACCGACGACGGAACGCCAGCGACACGCUCACGAGCAACCUCAUCGGCUUCGGUUGCACCCCCGCUCGCUCGAUCAACUUCCACGCCACGCGCUCACGAGCAACCUCAUCGGCUGCGCUUGCACCGCCGCCGUCUCGAUCAGCCUCCAUGACGCGCAAGGUGUCGAAGUCAGUUUCAUCUGAAGAUGUCCCACCAGGUCCUAGAAUAUCAUCUCGACCACCAGCAUCCGUCAAGUUCCAGGAGGAGCCCACGUCAAAGCCCGUUUCGUCUCAAUCCAUAACCACCCGUCAACCAAGUCCUCCCCAGAAGCCUCCAGCUCCCGUGGGACUAUGUCUCACUCCAUGCCCUCGCUCCACCCCCGUGGCAGGCCACCAGGAUUGGUAUACCCUCAAAGGGCUGACACACCUGGAAAUCUGUCCAACUUGCAUGAGCCAGAUCGCCCACUCUCGUUACCGUGACUUCUUCACCCCAAGCCUAUCCAAGCCCCCGAACCAAGCAGUCCGCUGCGCUUUCUCCAACGCCUGGGUUCGUUUGGCCUGGACACAAAUGAUCAAAAAGCAACACGACAGUCUCGAAAUGCUCUACCAGAUGACCCGACCACCCCCAGGAACGCGCCCAUGCCCUGGCCGAACCAUCACCGACCAAACAUGGCACCGCGUCAUCGACCCAGACACCGGCCUUUACCUACCGCGCUUUCAAGUCUGCGGCACAUGCGCGCGAAAGGUUCGCAUCUUAAUGCCACCUCACCGCGACACAUUCCACCACUGUCCCGAACCUUCAGAGCGAGUCUGCGACUUCGUCACGAACAGCCCGCGUUUCGUGCAAUUCAUCGACCUACUUGACAGCGCCGCGACACGCGCAGAACUAGACCCAUCUCGUCGACCCGACACGCGCGAAUUUCUCUCCUACGCACGGCGCAAGGUUGUCCUGCGUGAUUGUCGACGCGAUCGACCGACGAUGAGUACAUGGCAUUAUAUCCCCGCUUUGCCAGAACUCAGUGUCUGCGAAGACUGUUACGAUGAAGUUGUCUGGCCUCUUGCUAAGAAUAAUCAUUCCAUUGCGCGCAUGUUCUCUACAUCUAUGCGUUUACUUCCGGGCGAUGGGCCGAAUCGUUGUCGUGAAGCGACUUGUCAGUUGUACUCGGCUCGAGUAAGGGCUCGAUUCCGGGAUGCGGUGUUGAAGGGGGAUUUCCCGGCUUUAAAGAGUGUUGCGUUGAGGAGAUUCGAGGCUGAGCAGAGGUUCAGGGAUCGGAGGGAGGAGCUGCUUAUUGCUGAGAAGAGGGGGUAUGAUUGUGAUGUGGAGAUGAAGAAGGCUGUUGAUGAAUGGCGGAGGUGGGAGUGA